UGUCAAUUAGAGUUUGACGUUUAAUGUCGGUGGUGAAAAAUUUCUAAAAAAAAAAGUUUCUUGCAAAAUUUUUCGAUUCAUUUGCAUUUUGGGUUUACAACAUCUAAUUGCGAACUGCUUGUUAAAAAACCACUAUAAAUUUGAUGGUUUAAAGAUAAUUUAUCAUAUUGAGAAAUUAUCGAAAUCAAACCUGUCAUAAUGUGAAAAGCAAAAAACAAUUUGUGUACUAUACGUGAAAUUCAAAAUACAGAACUGUACAAACGACUUAUAACAAAGAAAUCUUAAAGAAACCACGAAUUUUAAUCGAUCUAGGCCUAUAAAUAAGUGGCAAAAUACUUUUGUAAUAAUCUUCCACCAUCAACAGCUUACGUUAUUGCAGACGACGUGUCCACGCCCACUGAAAAACCAUAAUUAAAACAUGAAUAAAAGCUGAUUUCAAUGCAAUAUGUACAUAUUUGUUAUUAUAUUAACUCUUAACUGUGUUAGACCCAAUAUGUGCAGUAUAUUACCAAAAAUUAAUUAUGCGAUAUUUAAAUUAAAAUAAUCUGAAUUCCAUUUGAAUACUACACAUUAGAAGUCGAAAUCGAUAGUUUUUGGAUUGUUGUGAAACGUUGGUCAGUACUUAAAAUUAUAUUGAUAUUAAGCAUUGAGCGUUAUGCUUGACAAAAGUCAAAAGAGCUCCUAAAGCUUUAUUUGUUAUUAAUUUAAAUAAAACAACAAUUAAAAAUAAGUGAAACUCUUUUUACUCUGAAUAAAUCGGAAAUAAAUAAAUAUACAAAUGAGUGCAACUAUGAGACAACAAGAUGGGCAGGUGGGCUCGCGACCAAAGAUGAAUGCUUCUAGUGACUUAUUGACCAAGGAUGAGAACGAAGUUGUCUUCAGUUUGCUGGGCAAAAAGUGUCAGACGUUAAACACAGCAGUGGUGCAGAUCUACAAAACGGAGGGUUCCGCACAUUCGCAUUGGAAGAAGAAGCAUACUGGUGUCGUGUGUUUUGUAAAAGAUAGCGCGAAAAGAUCGUAUUUCUUACGAGCUUACUGUUUAAUAAAAAACGAACAGAUAUGGGAACAUGAGUUGUACGACGCCAUGAAAAUGAUAAAGGCGCGACCUUUUCUUCUCACCUUCGAAGGCCAAGAUGGGCACGUAGGUUUGAAUUUUGUUUCUGAGGAGGAGUGCGAUUCCUUUUAUAGAGCUGUGGACACAACAAUUGAGACGAGAAAUCGAAAGAAAUUAGAAAAACGGAAUCGUGCUAAAGCACAAGCAGCCCCAAACAUUCCCCCGCCGGUUAAUAGGGACUCUACGAGACCAACGCCUGCGAUCAGUCAAACGACAACGGACUCUAGCGUGCAAUUGCGAAACCAUCCUCAAAAAAUUAAUUCGGUUACACUAACUCCUGGACCUAACCCGGUGGCAACAUCAAAGAAUUUUCUCAGCAGUAGUUUUGGUCUCUCAGGCUCAUCAUCCGGGAAGGACAAGAAGAGAAAAGUUACAAAGGCUGAUAUAAGUACACCGACAAAUUUUGUGCACAUAAGUCAUCUCGGUUGGGAUGCAGAUAAGGGUUUCGAUAUAACGGGCAAUGAGAAUGACGAAGUACUCACAAGUUUCUUUGCCAAAGCUGGUGUAUCUGAAAAUGAGCUGAAAGAUCGUGAUACGCGUGCAUUCAUCUACGACUUUAUUCAGAGUAAUAAUGUGUUAGCAUCGGUAAAAUCGGAGCGCGUUGAAUCGCCAAAAUCUACUGCUCCCGCUGUGCCUCCACCUGUGCCAAGCCGUCACCAGCAUCACCAAAAUGGUUCAACUGUAAGCCAAAGAACUGCACCACCACCACCGCCUCCGGCAAGACAACCGCCUCCUCCGGUGCCCACAACAGUGCCAGGUGCGACACGUGCACCAGCACCACCCACUAGACCGCCACCCAUAAACGUCGCUCCACCCCCACCAGCACCACCUCAAACCAUAGUGGCUGCACCAGCCACAGCACCGCCUCCUCCACCGCCACCGCCUCCACCACCACCACCGGCAAUAACAGAAUCACCAUUAACAAAUACGACUGAUGCACCGGCGGUAGAAACAAAGCGACCAACAGCAACAUUGCCAGUUGUACCAGACGUUCGGAGUGCGCUCCUGGAGAGCAUACGUAAGGGCAAGACAUUAAAGAAAGUAGAUACGACUGCACUAAGCACUGGCAGUGGGGAUUCUCAUAGUGAUCUUAUGUCCGAAAUUCGCGGCGGAUUUGAAUUGAAGCCGUCACAUGAUCGCACGCCAGCUAAUCGCAAUAGCGAUGACGCCACUGGUCCCGCCGGUAGCGAUGCUCUGGCGGUCGCUUUAAGACGAGCAUUGCUCGAACGGGAACGCGUCAUGCAGCCGUCAGAUGAUGAAAACGACGAUUCGUCUGGUAAUGACGAUGAAUGGGAGGAUUAAAUGCUAAAUUGGAUAAGUAAUUUGCAAUAGAGUUGUGAUGUAAACAUCUGUACGUUAACAAUGAAAGAAAUUUAUAAACGAUGAAAAAGAUUGCAUUAUAAAGUCCAAUACUUCAUUGAUAUUUCGUUAACUAAUUAAAUUCUAUCUAAUGUAUCUAUGUAUACAUCUGUUACAGCGAUCUACCAUAUGCAUAUGUAUGUGUAAUUACAUAUUUAUACCCUGAAAUUAUAAUUUGACGUUUGUAACAUCCAGAAAGAAAAGUCAUAAAACCUAUAAAAUAUACUUAUGUAUGGUAUAUGUAAACGAUCAGAAUGAUAAACUGUAUGUAUGACUGUAUAUACGCGAAAUACUCUCUCAGUACUUUAGAUAUCGCUCUGAAAUUUUCCACACGUCUCUCCCAAAGAAGCUGCUCAUUUGUCGGAAUCGCCAACGUCGAAACACUAUAAAAUAUAGCUGCCAUACAAACUGCACUACAGCAUAUACAUAACUUUCAUAAAAACGAAUUGAUCAAAAUCCAGUCUUUGUAUGCAAAACUUUUGUAUUUGAUAAGAUAUAUUCAUGAAAUUUGGUAUGGAUUAUUGUCCUACAGUACAAUUUCCGAAGAAAUUGUGUAGAUCGGUCCGGUAUAGCAUACAGCUGUCACACAAAGCCCUAUAAAAAUCAUACUAUAAAUUUUAUUAUAUCCUUGUAAAAAAUGCUCCUGUGAAAGGUAUUAUGGCUUCGGUGCUACAGAAGUUAAUGUUUUUUCUUGUUUUUGUUUAAUUUAUGGUUUCUGGAAAUUGGUAAUGCCAACAGAAAUAAUAUAUUGAAUAAAGGAAAAAUUAUAACUAAGGUGAGCGUAAAUAAAGUUUAGAUAUGUUUCAAAUUAUUAUUUCUUGUAAUUCUAAAAUACAUGACACAGCAUUGGGUUUAUAAGCAAUAAAGGUUGCCAUUGCAAUAACGCGCCAGCCUAUUGCUACACAUUUCUUAAAAAAAAGCAUUAAAUUAAUUGUUGACAGUAUACUUACAUACAUAGUACAGAUGUAAAUUGCAUAUCCUUGCUCAAUUAGAGGUUUAAUUCUUUACCACUAAGUAGCUAAUGUUAGUAUAAAGAUAUAAAAAUAUUUUUAUUUAUGAACAAAUCCAAAACAAGUGAUAGACUUAGGGAAUGUUACUUGGAGUAAAACAAAUUUUAACUUGUAUAGCAUAACAAAAAGUCGACUUGAAAACUAUAAACUAUUGUACAAAAUAAAAUAUAUAAAUGUAUAUUAGUAAAUGUGAAACUAAAUCUGAAACAUAGUAAACCCAAUGAAGUGGUGAAGGGAAGUAUACGCGUAUGUAUCGUAUCGUAUGUUAGUUAGCAAGAUGAAUUUUUAGUACUUUUACAAUUGGGAAAAUACUUGUAUACAAGAAGACCAAAAGAGAAAAGCUUUUAGGGUCUGAAAUCAUACGAUCAGUACAUGAACACUUCUUAGCAUAAUUCAGAAUGAAGAUAUAGAUAUGUACGUAGUACAUUAGUUCUGAUUUAAAAGAAAUGUUGAAAAGAGCAAAAGCGAAAAACUUUAAAAACAUUAUUAAAGCCAGUUAAUUAAUAUUUUAAGAUUCUUCUUUUCAAUUUUACAUUAAUUACGUGCGUCUGUAUUUUGCGAUUUUGUUAUUCCUCUAGACGUUUAACAUGUCCGAAAGCACAGCUUUGAGUGACUGAUUAAUCAAACAAAUAGCUUAAAAAUAGUAUUUAAUUUGACUUAGGCGUUCAUCGAUGGUAUUUGAAACUUUGAAGUAAAAAAGCAAAUCCUUGAAAUCUAAAAGAGUUUUAUUUUAAAUAUAAUUUUAAAUACCAUAUAUGUACAUACAUAGGUCAUUGGUGUGCCAAAAAGUUAUUCAUAGAUUUUUAAAAAUUAUAAAAAAUGUAGAAAUUAAGUAAAUUUUGAAGCUAAGACAAAACGACUGGAGGCAAAUGAUCUUUACGUGGAGAUCAGCUUCAAUUCCGCAAGAACAAUAAUUACUUCCUUGCAACUACAUACAUACUUAUAUGGCACAUGUGAAGUUUUUCGAAAUUCAAAAAAAUUAUCUUUUGCGUUUAUAGGUAUGUAUGCAUUUAGUUAAAAUUUGAAAUUCUUACUUACAUCACUUUUGCAAAGGUGCCUAGAUACCCAAUUAAAAAAGAUGAACAUUCUAUUUUACUAUACUGCAAUUUCAACAUACACACACACUUUAAAUGUUUUUAUUAUGAUAUGAAAUUAUUUUUUGCCAAUAUCAGUAAAGAAAUUGUGAUUGUGAACUUCACUGAAACAGACCAGAAUAAAACUGAGCUAAUAUUAAUUAUAUUAAAUAAGUAUACAGAAAAAUUGAUUGCACCAGCUAUAAAGAUGCACCCUGUAUACAACGUAGAGCAAUUAAACUCGAACAAAACCAAAAUUUAUUCACACUGAGGUGCAAAGUAAAAACUAAAUAAAUUUAAUUAAAAAUAAUAAAGAAGCAAUACUACUAAAUGUAUAUGUAUAUAUACAAGCAUGCACACUCAUACUUACAUAUAUGUACAUACAUAAAAUUUAUUUGCUUUUGAACUCUAGGUGUAUAAUUAUUAAGUGAAAAAAUAUAAGUUACAGUUAAAAAAAUAUCACUUUUUCGGAAGUUUUCACUAGAAUCGUUUAAUUUAGCACCAAUAUUAACCAUUAUCUAAUAUAACUUAAGCUAUGUAAGUUACUUGGUAACAAGAACGCAUUUAAUGCAAAAAAUUAGUCAUUUCUUUAGAGUGUAAAGAAUUAGUUGCUAUACAGCUAAUAAACAAAAA